UCAUUCAUCUAUAUACAUUUGUUUUUUCUUUAUAUAACUAUAACUAUAUAUCUAUAUAUAUAUAAAAAAUCCACACUACAUUUAUCUGCUUAUUGAGUAUGAGCAAAAUAUCAAGUGAUUACAAGCGAGUAUUUGAUAAAUUUGACGAAGACCGAAAUGGCAUGGUCUCUCCGUCAGAGUUGCAACGACGUAUAGGAUUAAUAUGCCAAGAAGAAAUUUUAGUCCAAGACUUAGAAAUUGUGGUUGAAACAACGUUGCAUCAGAAUAAUAAAGGUGAGUUGGGGUUUGAAGAUUUUGUUAAGUUGAUGGAAAGUGAGAAAGAAGAGGAGAAGCUUGAGGACUUAAAGAAGGCGUUUAGAAUGUACGAAAUGGAUGGAACCGAUUGCAUCACUCCAAAGAGCUUGAACCGGAUGUUGAAUCGGCUUGGUGAGUCCAUAAGUGUGGAUGAAUGUGUUGGUAUGAUUAAUCGGUUUGAUCUUAAUGGCGAUGGUGUGCUUAACUUCGAUGAAUUUAGAGCUAUGAUGGUUUGAUAUUUCUAAUUAAGUUUCACAUUAUUAAUAUCCAAAGAUGAAAUAGCUAGAAUGCACGUGUAUAUAAAUGAGUAGUAUAUGACAUAUAUAUACAUUAUCUUUGGAUUUAGCUAGA